CGAAUUACUUAGAGUGUAUAAGUUAAUGUCACUUAUGCUUGAUGGCUACAGUGACACGGUAAUCCAUCCCGAAGGCGUUAGCAAGAAAAGCAUUGUCACACAUCAACCACACAAAACUCUUGAACGCGAAGCGUCCUGCUUGCGUCACUCGCAACGUUGUGAUCCGGAAGUGCGCGAGGGUCAAAGGUCUUGUGCAUGCAUAAAAGGGCUGCACAGACGUGGCAGCGGCACUAGACGGUCUCGGCUUGACUACUUAGCGAAGAUGUGCGGUAUAUUUGCCUACUUGAACUACCUUGUGCCAGCCACAAGGCGAGAGAUCAUUGAGAUUCUGAUCACAGGGUUGAAGCGUCUUGAAUACAGAGGAUAUGAUUCUGCUGGAAUUGCUUUUGAAGAUACCAAAGUUGGUGCUGGCGAUAAAGGAUGUCAGCUUCAAGUCAUCAAAUUCCCAGGAAAGGUGGCUGUGCUGGAGGAACAAAUACGGGCUAGGGCAGAUCUGGAGCUUGAUCAAGCCUUCAACAUUCAUCUUGGCAUUGCACACACCCGCUGGGCCACUCACGGAGAACCCACAAUUGUCAACAGUCAUCCUCAGCGCUCAGACCCCAACAAUGAAUUUCUGUUAGUGCAUAAUGGAAUUAUCACAAACUACAAAGACAUCAAAUCUUUUCUGGAACAAAAAGGGCACAAGUUUGAAUCGGACACAGACACAGAAGUGAUUGCAAAGCUGCUAAAACAUGUAUAUGACCACAAGGCUAAGAAUCUGUCUUUCAGAGAGAUUGUAGAGCAGGUUAUUCAACAACUGGAGGGUGCGUUUGCCAUGGCAGUGAUGAGCAAGCAUUUUCCAGGAGAAAUUGUUUCUUCCAGACGUGGAAGUCCACUGCUUGUUGGAGUGAAGAGCAAAGCCAAACUGACAACAGAUCAUAUUCCUAUUUUGUACAGCAAAGUUCCCAAGGAAAGUCCUGAAGAUCAGCGAGGACUUUUGACAACAUCCUCACAGCGUAACGGCAAUGAUGACUUGACAGAGUAUCAUGCCAUUGGGCCACAGAAAGAAGUAGAAUACUUCUUUGCUUCAGAUGCCAGUGCCAUCAUUGAACAUACCAACAAAGUCAUUUUCCUUGAAGAUGAUGAUGUUGCAUCAGUUAAGGAUGGUAGCCUUACCAUUCAUCGCAUCCAUCGCAAUGUAGAUGACUCCACAGUGAGGGAGGUUAUAACUCUUAAGAUGGAGAUUCAGCAGAUCAUGAAGGGCAACUACAGCUCAUUUAUGCAGAAGGAAAUCUUUGAGCAGCCAGAGUCUGUGGUUAACACCAUGCGAGGUCGUGUUAACUUUGAGACUAAUCAGGUUGUUCUUGGUGGCAUUAAGGACUAUAUGCACGAAAUUCGAAGAUGUCGAAGGCUCCUGUUUAUUGCCUGUGGCACAAGCUACCACUCUGCAGUAGCAACACGACAGUUGCUUGAGGAAUUGACUGAGUUGCCUGUCAUGGUGGAACUUGCAAGUGAUUUUCUUGACCGCAGCACACCUAUUUUCCGUGAUGAUGUCUGUUUCUUCAUCAGCCAGUCAGGUGAAACUGCUGACACUUUAAUGGCUCUGCGCUACUGCAAGAAGAGGGGUGCAUUAAUAGUGGGUAUCACUAACGUUGUUGGAAGCAGUAUCAGCCGUGAUUCACACUGUGGUGUUCACAUCAAUGCUGGCCCAGAGAUUGGUGUCGCUAGUACAAAGGCAUACACAAGCCAGUUCAUAUCACUUGUUUUGUUUGGCUUGAUGUUUUGUGAAGACCGAAUUUCCAUGCAAGAAAGGCGUCGUGAAAUCAUCCAGGGGCUGAAAAAACUGCCAGGACAAAUUCAAGAGGUACUGAAGAUUGAUGAACAGAUUCACAAUCUGGCUCAGGAACUGUAUCAGCAGAAGUCAUUGCUCGUUAUGGGCCGUGGUUACAACUAUGCCACCUGCCUGGAAGGAGCUUUGAAAAUUAAGGAGCUGACAUACAUGCACUCUGAAGGUAUCAUGGCUGGGGAGUUGAAGCACGGGCCACUGGCUCUGGUAGACAAGGCCAUGCCAGUUCUUAUGGUCAUCACACGUGAUAAAGUCUUCACGAAAUGCAUGAAUGCGCUGCAGCAAGUGAAAGCAAGACAUGGGGAACCUGUUUUGAUCUGCAACACUGGGGAUGUAGAUACCCAGUCACAGGCUCAGAAAUAUAUUGAAGUGCCUCACAAUAUCGACUGCCUGCAAGGAAUUCUCACCAUCAUUCCAAUGCAGUUGAUGUCCCUGCAUAUUGCAGAGGCUCGGAAGUUGGAUGUGGACUGCCCCAGGAAUCUAGCCAAGAGCGUCACAGUCGAGUGAAUAGGGCCAUCUUGGAAUUCCUCAUGAGUACGGACCAACCAAGACAUCUGCUGAAAACCUAUACGCACUGAGACUAAAAGUAAAUUGGUUUAUGACUUACUGGGCCUUACAGUGCAGCAGAGGGACUGCUUACUGAUUUCUUCCCUGCACUUAAGAAGAUAUGCCUUGAGCUGUCUUUCUGAUUCCAUCCUGUUCUCUCAUAUGCACGGAUGCACACAUAAUCAUCUAAAUACUAAUACCUGAUACUUUGUUUCCCAGUGCUGUUUUACUUUGGUGGAAUUUUUCUGUGCACCUCUUUUUGAAAAUGCUCAGAGGUACCACAUAGAGAGAAAAAAAAAAAAGCCCUUUGUGUAUUUUAAGCUUAUAACACUUUUUCAGUUCUUUGUGUACAGUUUAGAGAACUGUUUCAGACCUGAACUACAUCAGAAUUAUUCAGUGCUUAUGACCUUGGUUCUUUUAGCAGAUGCAGUCUUUUUAUGAAAUAACAUUAAUUUUUAGUAGUUUCAUAAGGAAUGUAAAAUGUAAAACACUUGAGCAAAGAUAGUAAAGACAUAAGCUCAAGUACUCUAAUCUGAAAAAUGAUUUUUUUUUUUAAUAUUAACAUUUAGCUUUUAUUCUUUGUGAUGAUAAUGCAGAAAUUAUCUAGUUUUAUGUCAUUCAAAACUUCAAAGGGGGGUGGUGUGCUCUGGACUUUUGAAUAAAUCAUUAACAUGAAAGUUUUCUGUUAGUCUGCAAGCCACAAAGUUCCUAGAACAAAGGCACAACAGUGUUUUUUUGCUUUUUUAUUUUCAUGCAGUACUUCUUUUUGGUUCAAUAUAUGACAAUGUAACUGUUGUUCAAAAUGAUAGAACGAUGCUUUUAUUGAUAGUAAGAUCAUUCUAGUCAAGUAAUAAAGUAGACCUUUUAUGUGCACUUUUAAGUUUUGAUGAAGAAUGGGCAAUUUCAAUAUCAGGAUACCUGGAAAAGUUACUUUGAUCACCUGUUGUCUAAAGUGUGAAGAUGUAUUCAAAGAUAGCAAAAUGUAAGUUAGAAAAAUGUUUUAUGUUUAGUGAUAGAUACUGUAAUCUUGGGAAAGGGCUAGGGGCAGGUUUAAAAGUUGGUUUAUUUUUAUUGAUUUCAGAGCCAGUCAACAAACAUGUACAAUCUUGUGAUCCAUUUGUUAAGAGUUUUUCUUGUAUUAUUUAUUGAAUCUCCAUUUUCAUUAUUCACAAUCAUUCAAAUGUUAUAUUACUUUCAGGUCAUCUGAAGGAUUUCUAAAUGAGUGAUCUCAGUUUUUUUCACAUUUUGUUUCUGUUUUCAUAACCCUUACUUCUGAACAGCAAAUAGCACCCAGUGUAGACAAUCUCCUACUGUUUUGUUAAUAUUAUAAUGCAGUUUGCAAUGAUGAAGUUUGGAUUGGGUAGUUCUUGUUAAAAAUGCUAUAUAGAUUUUGUUGUAAAUUCAGUUUUGUUGUUGUUGUUUCCCAGUCCCUGCCCAAACCAUUACAAUCAAUGUGACAAGAUGACAGAUAUUUUUCACUUGAAAGUUUAAUUGUUUUCUUUGCUUUAUCAAGAUCAGUGUGAAAAGCUUGGGGUGUAAGUAUUAAAAUAUAAAAUGAUUACAGGAAAUGCUGUCAAGAAACCUAUAGAAGAAGACACUCCCUGUCUUCUGUGAAAUCAUCUGAAAGUAAUUUAUUUUAAGUAGUAACAGGGGAAGUCAAAUUUUUAUUAUACUCUGACAAUUGUUCCCCAGAACAUUGAUAUGUGACCAGUUAGUUUCAUGACAGACUCCAAUGACAAUGAAUUUUGUUCCAAUGUUUUAUGCUUAUUAUUUUUUAAUAUAUGUUUAAGCAUUUUUGCAAUCUCUGUGUGGUGAACUGCCAGUAACUAAAGAUGUGGACAUUAAAAGAAUAGAUGUGAUCAAAAACUGAUUAUAAUCCGUGAAUUUCAGCGGAUUUAAUGAAAUAUCAUAUUGCAUUAUAAAAGUGCAAGAUCAAGAAAAUCAUUUUCUGGCGUUUUCUUUCCCAAUCCAUUUGUUACAGUAGCAUUAUUGAAUUUAAUCAAGCAGUCUAAAUGUGUGAAUAUUUUUUAAUAAUGGUAUUCCUUGUUACUCUUUUUGUUGCUUCACAUUAUUCAGUCCCAUACAUAUUUCAUAGCCCACCUUAGUCUCUUUCCAGCCCUCCUUAGAUGAUCACUUUUGCUCUGAAUUCAUUUUACUCUUGCUUUUAAGGAAUAUGGCUUUUUGUCCACUGUUUCAGACAACCAAGUGUAGAAAUGAUUCAUAUUCUUUAGGGUUCUGUUAUCUUUGUUCUGUGUAAAAACAAUAAUUUGUAUUUAAAAAUAAGUUGUGUGUGCCCAAAAGGGUUUUUUGAUCAGGGUGAACUUCAUAGUACUUACAUAGGACUUACAAGGUCUUUUUUCACCUUUUUCACCAUUGGAGAUAAUCACUAUAUUUUUGUGUUGUUCUCUGAUAUACCAGACCAAUUACUUUGUGCUUGUAUUUCAUCACUUUUGUAUAAUUAAACUAUAUUUAUUUUUAUAACGUAAGAAGCACAAUCUUUUUCACCUGUUGAGGAAUGUGUUAAUAUACCGUGGACUUCAAAAUGCCUAGCACAGGCAGAAGAUGGAAAAAGGGUGUUAGCCAUCACACAUUUUAUCAUAUAUUUUCAGAAUAAAUUGGUUUUGCUAAAGAGAGCUUUAAUUGAUUUUAUCAUACAGCACCUUGUGUAGACAAACUUGCUCUUAGGCAAACAGAGAUUGGUAUUAGUUCUGUAUUGAUUUUUGUCAGUGAAUGGAAACCUAUUCAACCAAAAAUCAAUCUUCUUUAUUUAAUACUAUCAGUAAAUUUAGAGCUUUGCGGCACAUUUCACAAGUCUGAGUAUACUGUAGCUACUAUUGGAAAAUUAAAGCUUUUGGUUUCUUUUUCAAAAUCAAAGCAUUUUGUUUCUAUUUCAGAAUUAAAGCUUCUUUUUUUUUCAUUUGUUUUCAACGCAGUGGUAGAUUUGACCAUUCAUCUCCUGUAGUUAUUGCCAAGAGUGUCAAUAGUAUUUAGGGUGCUGAUUCUAGGUUCACUGUUUAUAAGUUGCUGUGGAGUUGCUUUGGAUUCUCUGACAGGAAUUUAAACCUAUGAUUUUAACAAAGAAUUAAAAAGUUUACUGUAAACUUUGUCACCUGAACGUUGUCAUUGGUUUCACACUGAAUUGAAAGAAGAGUAAGUUUUCACUUCCAUGAUGCAUGUGUGUGCUUAGGUCUGUUGUCCAAGGUGAGGGGGGAAAACUGAAGUGGGCAUGGGAGACAUGGUUAAUAUUAACAUGUCAAGUUAAAAAUUUUAUUUUGUGCAUUAUUAACUGGCUGUGAGUCCUUGAGAGGUAAGCUGUCCAGUUUCAUUUUGCUUAGAAGCUUAUUUGCAAAUGAGAAGAAGAUAAUCUGUGUAAUUAUCAUGGCCAUUGUAAAUAAGUUACUUAUGUCCAGAAUCCUAUGCAAAGGGUACAAAAUGUUGGAUGAUUCCUUAACAUUUUUCUUAAUAUGGGAAUGGCAUUUGCAUCACCAAAUUCAAGUGUACAACUGCUGCAUAUAUUUAAUGGUUGUCAGUCCAAGAAAGGGAAAAUCUCGACGAAAGUUCUUUUUUGGAGCAAUCUUGGCUCAUUGAUGAAGAUUUUUAAAAGGAGAAAAGAGAAAGGACAAUUGAAAGAAGUAUUCAGUGUUAUCCGCAUGGUUGUGUACAUUUCAAAACUGUUUUACAAUUCUUUUUGAUUUUGUAGAGACCAUUAUUCGUUUAAAGUUAAUAACCACGUAGAAGAGGGAGUUUGUUUGGGCUUAUCACUGAGUGGGUAACUGGGGCCGUCACAGUGGUAGAUAAGGGAGACUGUGAUGUGCAUGUCUUGUAUGAUGUUCAUAAUUAAAACAGGGAUAAGGAACAAUCAAAA